AGUAUAACAGAAGUCAUGGGACGAGGACGCGUACUACCAAUGAUCACGCGUCUAGCCCGGCGUGGGGCCGCGUCCUCCUAGUCUGGGACGCCUCCAGCUAGUUUGGUAUCGCUCCCAGCUAGCGCGGGACCACCUCUCGCCAGCCCGCCUCGUCCUCUGUGUACUCCCCCUUGUACUGCGCCACCCACCCGCUUGUGCUGCACCAUGUACUCGCUGUGCUGUGCCACUGCUGUGAUAUUGUCGAUACGUGUCUUGUUUUUAUACUCGGUGUUGCUCGCCGUCUCUAUGCUGGCGCACGCCUUCUGCUCGGUGAUGCCCGCCUUCUGCUUCGCGAUGCUCACCUCCUACCCGGUGAAGUUCGCUUUCUGUUCGGCGAUGUUCGCCUUCUGCUUGGUGUUGCCCGCCGCAUACUUACUCGGCGAUGCUUGUGCUUGUUUUAUAUACUGUUCCCUCUGGCCUAUAUACCACCUCCCCACGCGGAUGACGCGGGAUCUUGCUGGACUCGCCGGGAUUGUAACUUAUGUGCGGUGCGUCGGUGGCCAGGGUGCCAGUGAUUUGUAUACACGUCCAGGGUGGCUAGUCUAUACCUCAGUGAUAGAUACUAACUGUUCAACCUCUGCAACUCCCAUUGCCACCCUCCGCACCCGUACUUUCGUAGCUUCUGACGGUCUUUGUUAUUGUGUUUCUAGAGACUUUGCUGUAGUCUCGGUGAAGUUACUUGUGUAUAGUACUUACAUGGUUGUUCGUAUGGAAGAAACUCUUGAUUGCCUGAUCAUGCCAGCAUGUGGGAUACAGCGUCUCAAUACAAAAGGUAAAAUACAUAUGUAUGCGAGGAACAAACAAUGAGAUGUGUUGUACAAUGAAGCACAAACAAGUACAAAGGUAACCGUCCCGGGAUGGAUACGGUACGUGCGUCGGCCAUAAAACGGAACACGUGUUGUGACCAUAAAGCCACAUGGCCAUGGAGAGUGCAUGGAUCUCAUCUCCUAUGCCGACUCGUCACCUGCGGCUCGCGGCCCACCGACUUUGC